CAUGGUCCCUUGAACCGUGCAAAAGCCGCGCGUGCACCGAGAUGGCUUCUCGCGCGCUCAUCCCGACGCAGCUGGUGCUGCUCGCGCUGCCGCUGCUGCUGCUGACCGUGCCAUGGUGCACGCGCGCCUCGUCCUCCAGCUGCCAGCUCGCGCACGACUGGCGCCCGCAGAGCGAGGCGUGCCGGGCAGAGCUGGCGGAGAUCAUCGUGUUCGCGCGCGUGCUCGCGGUGCACCAGGAGCAGCCGUACAGCCUCUACAACUACCUGCCGUGGCAGCAGGACGACGCGGGCGGGCUGUUCUUCUCCGCCGAGAUCGAGCUGCUGUGCGACCAGGCGUGGGGCAGCAUGCUGGAGGUGCCCGCGGGCUCGCGCUUCAACGUCACCGGGCUCGGCUACUUCCCGUGCUACUCGUACAGCGUGGUGGAGAACAACAACUAUUACUUCUUCCUGAGGAUGGAUGAAAACUACAGCAUUAUUCCACAUGGAGUUAACUUCCAGGACCCCAUCUUCCCCGACACGCCUGAGAACCACCGCAUGUUCGCCAGUCUCUUCCAGUUCUCCAACUGCACAGCCGGAACCCAGGUCCACAUGUACACUCCUGAGUGGGAGGCCCAGGAGGACAGUCGGCUCCUGUGCUCCACGGUGCAGAAAGCCCUGUUUGAGGAAGAAGAGAAGGUGAAGGAUCUCUCCCAGAAGGUUAAGGUCCUCGAGAAAGCCAACAACCACCUGAGAGACAAAGUCAAGAACAUGAAACGUCUGUUGAGACAGGCCAAAAGGGAGACCAAGGACCAGACGGUCCUUCUCAAGCAACUUCACGAGUCGGAACCCGAGCUUCCACACCCUCACCAAGACACCACCCAGGAACAGAAACCCGCUCACAGGAAGGUCUUGCCUAGAAAGCUCAAAAACUAGGGAAUGUGCUGUAAUUACUGCGAUUAAGGGAGUCACGAUGACUGCAUGAUGACUGCACAUGAGGAACGUUAAUUAGCAAACUUAAACGUAAAAAAAUAAAGGUUCCUAUUGGCACCUUUUUAAUGGCAUGGUACCUUCACUGCUCAACUUGAAUCAACUCGACUUGAAGUUGGUACCUGUUACUUGGAUCGAUCUGGGUAUAUACUUGCUUGUGGUUCCAAGUAAAUAAAGUAGGGUCUAAAACUUCAUGCAUAAAUGAUGAUUUAUGCUUCUCUGUUGAGUCGAAAUAGAACCUACAGCCUACAGCCAGGAGCAAGUGCAAGUGGCUUAGAUUGUUGUGAGCAUUUACAUUUGUGCAAUGGUGUGUCCAUUGCAAGCUGUAUGCCCAACAAUCUGUAUAUUUAGACCCAGCAAUCAGUAUAUCCAGACAUACACAAAAGAGAAAAAAGUUCAUCAACACUGUCAACAAAUAUCAGCAAGUAAUCCAGCUCAGUAAAACAGUUAGCGUUGCAGCUAAACCUCUCCAACACUCCAGCCACAGUGUGGUUGGCUGCUUGGUCUGGUAGCUUCAUGGGUUUGUUCUAGCUUUAAUCUACCCCCCCUCCCCCCUUCCUCCCCAAACCCAUCAAGACAGUAUCAAACUGAACUGCUCCUGCCAGGAAAAUGCCCUAUGAGUCGUUCAACACUCAAUAAUGGCAGCUUGUAAAAUUACUCCAUGACCUUUUAAAAGGGUAGAAACGUAGAAACGUUCCCUGGAUUAGAUGUCGAGAAAAGUAUCCAGCAAGAGCUGCUGCAAAUGCUACCAGUUCCAUUUUCUGGGGGAGCUGUUGUGUUGGAAAACAAACCAUAUACCAGGUGCCAAGUGUUAAGAGUACGUAGUCGAGUAGUGUAGGUACCAUGCAGUGAAAACAUGCCAUGAGUUGUUUUUGGCUGUUUUUGAAUGUACGUUCCAGUUUUUUAAUUGCAAAGACAAAUUUGCACAUCUCCUUCACAAAAGGACCAAAUGUUCUGCGAUGGUACUACUCCAACCAACCCUUGUUGGAACCUACAGUUUCUUAAGAAUGCAGGUCUAGGUCCAUAUGUAUUAAAUUAGGCUAGACUUCAAAAAAACGGUUCUUAAAACGUUUUUAGUAAAUAGUGGAUUGAUUUGGGGCAAUCCUAGCAUUAAGCCUAGGCUGGUAUGCUUGCUUCUUGUACUUGUUAACCAAUUUUUUUUUGUUCACAUAGAAGACAUAUCUUCAAUAUUGCGCACUGUUUAUGUUAUAAUAUGAUCUUUUUUCUUUCAUCUUUUUUUUUAAUGACAGUUUUGAGAUGAGAUGAUAUUCGUGCACAUUUUAGUAGAUUGAUUUGUUUGGUCAUGGUCAGAGGCUGAUGGCGUCCGUAUGCUAUCAGGAGGCAGCUAUAACAUUGUUCCAUUCAGUCCAUUAUACAGUUCUUUUAACGGCUCAAGUCAGAAAAAUCAUAUAAACCCUGUUCAUAUCUGUUAUUAAUAUCCAGCUGAAGUGUUCUCAUGCCUGGAAGAGAAUCAGGAUGGCGUCACAUAAUAGUUAUGCGACUAAAGUUGCAGUUGUUGGAUGUGCCUCUUAGAAUAGAAUUAGGAAAAAUGAGGAGCGUUCCGAUUGAAAGCAGCACAGACUACACUCAGACGUCAUUCUAAAGUGUUCUAUUAGAUUAUUCUAUUAGAUUCAGAUCUGGUAAAUGGAAAAGCAAACACUCCCCACUCCAUUACAUCACCUAAGCCAGCCUAGACUUUCCACACAAGGCAUGUUGGGUCCAUGCAUUCAUGAUGUUACAUCAAAUAACAAUUUUUUUAGCUUUCCAGUUUUGGUGAGCAUGUGCACUGAGCCACUGCAGCCUCAGCUUUGUGUUCUUGACUGACAUAAUUGGAACCCAGCAUGGCCUUCAGCUCACCACAACUGAGCAAUUGAGUGACUAUCUGACUUACAGUAGCCCUUCUGCCUUUUCAAACCAGCCAGGCCAUAUUCUCCGUUCUCUGAAUAAAUACGCUCUUAUCAACAAGUACAUUAUAGGGACGAAAGAAAUGGGAAAAUUGCUCAGUCAUUCAAUCAUUCAUUCAUUUCUUUCCAAAUCAAGGGCAUUAAAAAGAGCAUGUCCUUCUUUUGAUCUUGUAACUCUUUCUACUAUUCAAGGAAGGGUUCCUAGAUUUCUAGAAAUGUUGCAUUAACUGUGGCCUUGCAGGUCCCGCCAGUCCCUGAAGUUCCUUCUAUAGUUCCCUCUAGAGUGGCAAAAAAAGAGGCAAAGUGCCCUACUGGCUUUUAGGCCACCUUAUAGGGAAAAGUGAUCAGCUAGGUUGCCCCUUCCUGCAACAAAUACAUUGUGAUGAUGUGCCCUCUAAAGCAACAAAACGUGAUAAUGUGUCUUACGUGCCCAUCUACGGGUGCCCUUCUGCCCUUUAAACAGAAGUGCCUUCUAGGUGCCUUUAUUGGCACUCUUAUGGCAGAGUGAUUAUGACACAUAAUUUCAUCAUACAUGGCACAACAAAGCUUUUGCACGCUGACACGGCUAUGCAGGUUUUGCCAUUUGGUACGUUUUGGUCACACUUUAUAAUAAGUGUCUCUAAUAACUGUGUAGUUACACCUAAAUAUUUCAUGUGAUAACAGUAAUAACUACUGGUUAAGCAUGCAUUAGUAUAGAUUUAUUACAGUUGUAUUAAGCCAUAUCCGGACGGGAUUAGUUUCUCACUUCUACGCAAGCGUGAUAAAACUCUUGCAUCCGGACUGCAAUUGGAAAAACAGGAGGAACAAUAAGUGUUUUAGCUUUCUUGUUCACAUGACAUCACGUUCAGUAGCUCCUCCAUUUCCACUCACUGUUGUGUUUUUUACGUUGAUCUCUGUGGAAACGUGCGUAAUUGUAAAGUGUAAUUAUGGUAAGUGGCAGUGGACAAAUUUUGUAGACGAUUUUAUUAAAAGCGAAGAGACGAAACUCAGAGACGGGACUAAAUGUUCAGCGAAAAACAGUAGAUAAAUUCAGCCUGUAAUUUUUUUUUU